UCCAUAAGAAAAGAAGGAUCGUGAUGGUUGAAACAAGAAGUAGAGAGGAUCAGAAGAGAGUGUUGUGAAGCUGUGAAAGAGAUGGCGCUCGUAACAACAGAGCCAACCAUAAACGAAGGGCCUCUGUUCGCCGAAGUUGACAUGGCUUCGGAUUUCAACGCCCCCACUGUUCGAGCCACCGUUAUUCAAGCUUCCACCAUCUUCUACGACACUCCAGCCACUCUAGAUAAGGCAGAAAGGUUGUUGGGUGAAGCCGUAGGGCAUGGGUCCCAGCUUGUGGUGUUUCCAGAAGCGUUUGUGGGAGGGUACCCGCGUGGUUCCGAUUUUGGGGUUUCUAUUGGAAAUCGCACGGCCAAGGGAAGAGAAGAGUUUCGCAAGUAUCAUUCUGCAGCCAUUGAUGUGCCUGGUCCUGAAGUUGAUAGAUUAGCAACAAUGGCAGGCAAGUAUAAAGUACAUUUAGUGAUGGGUGUGAUAGAGAGGGAUGGCUACACACUUUAUUGCACCGUUCUAUUCUUUGAUUCUCAAGGUCAUUACCUGGGAAAGCACAGGAAAAUCAUGCCAACGGCAUUGGAGCGGAUUAUCUGGGGAUUUGGGGAUGGAUCAACCAUUCCCGUGUUCGAAACUCCCAUUGGAAAGAUAGGUGCUGCCAUUUGUUGGGAAAACAGGAUGCCACUAUUAAGGACUGCAAUGUAUGCCAAAGGUAUAGAGAUAUACUGUGCUCCUACAGCUGAUGCCAGGGAUGUGUGGCAAGCAUCAAUGACCCACAUUGCACUUGAAGGUGGAUGUUUUGUUUUGUCAGCAAACCAGUUCUGUAGGAGAAGGGAUUACCCUCCCCCUCCAGAGUAUGUUUUUGCUGGCACAGAAGAGGACCUGACACCUGAUUUUGUUGUAUGUGCUGGGGGUAGUGUCAUUAUAUCACCAUCAGGGGCUAUUCUGGCUGGACCAAAUUAUGAUGGGGAGGCACUAAUCUCAGCAGACCUUGAUCUUGGAGAAAUAGCAAGAGCUAAGUUCGAUUUUGAUGUGGUUGGACACUAUUCAAGGCCAGAAGUGCUUAGCUUGACUGUAAAGGACCAUCCAACGAAUCCAGUCACUUUUACAUCAACAUCUAAAAAAAUUGAGGACAACACCAAGUAGUGUCUUUCUUUCAUGCUCAGCAACUUCUGAACCUGACCCCUUUGUAUUUUAACGUUUGUGUUUCAUAUAUGGAAGUUGUUUGGGCUUUAGCUUGUACUGUAA